UUGUCUGCCUUGCAGGGUAAGGAAGAGUGAGUGGAGAGAAAAGAAAUCCCCAGGCUUGGGAGAGAAAGAAGUCUAUCAGAAAGCCUCACAGCUCAAUUUAGAAACAAGAGUUGGAACUCUUACCAAGUUCUCAUCAAAGCAGCUUUUUACUAGCUCUGAAAGAUCUCAUUUUCUGGUUAAGAAAUUCCAGCCCAUCUCAUCUCUUUACUUGCGGGCAAAGCAAUAUCUGGGACAUGGCUCCAGAGAUCCACAUGCCAGACCCUAUGUGUCUUGUUGAGAAUACCGAAGAGAAACUGAAGGUUAACCCAGAAGCAUUUGAGAUCCUGUCUGGCAUCACGCAGCCCAUGGUGGUGGUGGCUAUCGUGGGCCUCUACCGCACAGGCAAAUCCUACCUGAUGAACAAACUGGCUGGGAAGAGCAAGGGCUUCUCUAUUGGGUCCGCGGUGCAGUCGCACACCAAGGGCAUCUGGAUGUGGUGUGUGCCGCAUCCUCAGAAACCAGACCACACCCUAGUUCUGCUGGACACAGAGGGCCUGGGAGAUGUGGAGAAGGUUGACCAGACUGAUACGCAGAUCUUUGCACUGGCAAUCCUCCUGAGCAGCACUAUCAUAUACAAUACCAUGAACAAAAUUGACCAGGAGGCUAUUGACCUCCUGCAUAGUGUAACAGAACUGACAGAUCUGCUCUGGGCAAGAAGCUCGCCUGACCUUGUUGGAGCUGAAGAUGCUGUUGACUUUGCAAGCUUCUUUCCAGAAUUAGUGUGGACUCUAAGAGACUUUUACUUAGACCUGAAAAUAGAUGGGCAACUUAUCACAGCAGAUGAAUACCUAGAGAAUUCUCUGAGGCUAAAGGAAGGUAGUGAUCAAACAAUUCAGAAGUUCAAUUUGCCCCGUCUAUGCAUACAGAAGUUCUUUCCAAUAAAGAAAUGCUUUAUCUUUGACUUACCCACUCACCAAAAGAAACUUGCCCAUCUUGACACACUGCAUGAUGAUGAAUUAGAUUCUGAAUUUGUGCAACAGGUGGCAGAAUUCUGUUCCUACAUCUUCAGUUGUUCUAUGAUUAAAACUCUUCCAGGAGGGAUUCAGGUCAAUGGGUCUUGUCUAAAGAACCUGGUGAUGAUCUAUGUCAAUGCUAUAAAUAGUGGGAAUCUUCCCAGCAUGGAGAACACAGUCCUGACCUUGGCCCAGGUAGAGAACUCAGCGGCAGUGCAAAAGGCCGUGGCCUAUUAUGACCAGGAGAUGGGCCAGAAGGUGCAGCUGCCUGUGGAGACCCUUCAGGAACUGCUGAACCUACACAAGGCCAGUGAGAAGAAAGCCAUUGAAAUCUUUAUGAAAAACUCUUUCAAUGAUGUGGACCAAAAGUUCCAGAAGGAAUUAGAGACCCUACUAGAUGCAAAGCACAAGGACAUUUGUAAACAGAACUUAGAGGCAUCAUGGGAUCAUUGCUGGACUUUACUUCAAGAUAUUUUUGGUUCUCUAGAAGAAGCAGUGAAGCUGGGGGUUUAUUCUAAGCCAGGAGGCCAUACUCUCUACAUUCAGAAGACAGAAGAGCUGAAGGCAAAGUACCGACAGGAGCCUAGGAAGGGAAUACAGGCCGAGAAAGCUCUGCAGGAGUAUUUAAAAUCCAAGGAGUCUGUGAGCGAUGCUAUUCUACAGACCGACCAGGCUCUCACAGAAAAGGAAAAGAAAAUGGCAGAGGAACAUGCGAGAGCCAUGGCUGCACAGGCUGAAGCACAAAGGUUGGAGGCUGUUCGAAGGCAGAACCAGCAAAUGAUGGAGGAGAGGGAGAGACUGCAUCAGGAACAAGUGAGACAAAUGCAGAUUGCCAAUGAAAAGCAGCUGGCAAAGCAAAAGAAGAUGAGGGAAAUUCAGAUGCAGAAGGAGGCUGAAAAGCGCAAAGCAGAAUUGGAAGCUGAACACAGAAGACUUCAAAAUCAGAUCCAGGUUCUCCAGAGUGCUGCCAGACGACCAGAUGAUCCAUGUAUCUUACUCUAAAGUACUAAACAUCGGAGCUUCCUUUCUUACUCUUUUCUCUAAAGACACAAAGGAACAAGAAAUUAUAGACCUUGGAACAAUUGCAUUUCAAUAAACUUCAUAAUUAUGACAUCAAACCUUUAUAUUGUGUUAUAAGGUUAUGAUGCUUGUAUCUGGUGAAACGUACAUCUCAGCAGUCCAAUAGUUUAAAUGAUAAUUGCUUCCUUGAAGAGAUUCUGAUGUAUAAUAAGGGACAUUUUAUUACUGCCUUUCUUUGGGGGUUAUAUUAGGAUGGGUCCCCUAGGAGGCAUAUCCCAUUGCCACCUGUCUAAUUUUCUAUAUUUGUCUCAGGGUAUUAUAAACUAUCUAGGAGGUGUUAUUCACAUAAGCGCAGUCAAAUGGAACUUGGCCGAGAUCUUGGUCUCAGGACCAUCACUCCUGCUAAUGGUCGGGUGCUGGAUGCCAUCAGAAGACACCAAUGGUACAGUGUAAGGAGGUGGAGCCUGCUGCUCUCUGAGCAGUGACGUGAUUCCUUAGCACUGUCAGUGGACAAUCUCCAUAGAGAAGUUCCAAGUUGAAAGUCAAUGAUGUUAUAAAAAAGUAGAGAUCCUCCAGAAGAUGAAAGGAAUGUAAUGAUAAGAUACAUUAGCUCAAUUUAAUCUUUCCACUUUGUAUGCAAACAUCAUAAUAUCACCUCAUACUCCAUAAAUAUAUACAAGUAUAAUUUGUCAACAUAUAAUAAAUUUAAAAAUUUUUUAAAAAUUGAGGAACUGAAUAAAGAAAUAAAUUGGCUAAAUAAACUGGACUUGAACUAAAGGGUUGAAGGCUUCUUGGGUUCAUAGGCUUUGAUGAGGGUAGCAAUGUGUUAAUUGCAGAAAUGCCAUUUCUUGGUAAGAUGGGAAUAAAAAUUAUGAGCUCACAAAUGAAAUAGGCUCAUAAUUCCUCAUAGAAAAUUAUAAAAUGAGGCUAGUUUUGUUAUAUUGCGGCUCAUUGUUGGAAUAUAUGAAUCAUGUUAGUAAUAUUUGUCAAAAAUUUAAAAAUGAAAAAGUAUUACCUAAAUAUAGGGUGUCCCAAAGGUUGUCAUAAAUAGGAAAAAUUAACAAACUCAUAUUACACUUUAUAUUUUUUAUAUUUAUAUACUAACAUGUAGAGAAAAACUUUGUAAAUCUGUGUAAAAUCUUGUAAUGAAUAUUUUGUAAAUAAUGCUGCAUUUAGCUACAAUUUCCCAUUUUUUGUAUGUAUGUAUAUAUGGUGACUCUGGGGCUUGCCACACAAAAUGCAACUUAAUUUUAAUCAAAUUAGCUUUUUUUUUUUAAUGGGAAACAAGAAAGAAGAUCUAAUGGAAGAAAACACCAAAUUUCUAAUUACAUCAAAACCAGUAAACUUAUGGAAUAAAAUGAUUCAAAAGCAUGUGAAAUUCAAAAGAAAAAACUUAACUGUUACCGAAAUACACAAAACUUAUAAAAAUUGUCAGAAAUAAAAAUGCCAAUAUUCUUAAACCUACAUAUAUAAAAAAAAAUCAAAACUUAUUUGGGGAAAAUAAAUUUCUUUUAAAAUUUAUAAGAAAAAAAUAUCCAAAUGCAAUUUUUUUUUUUUUUUUUUUGAGACAGAGUCACCCUGGGUAAAGUGCCGUGGCAUCAUCAUAGCUCACAGCAACCUCAAACUCUUGGGCUUGAGCAAUCCUCUUGCCUCAGCCUCCCAAGUAACUGGAACUACAACCAUGAGCCACUAUGCCUGGCUAGUUUUUCUAUUUUUAGUAGAGACAGUGUCCCAUUCUUGCUCAGGCUGGUCUCAAACUCCUGAGCUCAAGCAAUUCACCCGCCACAGCCUCCCAGAGUGCCAGGAUUACAGGUGUGAGCCAUGGUGCCCGGACCCCCAAUGCAAUUUUAAAAAGUAACAAAAAUAACAAAAUGAGAAGGGCUAGCUUAAAACAUAGAUGAAAACAUCCAAACAGUUAGCCAAGUAGACAGAGAAAUGGAUAUUCAAACAGUAAUAAAACAAAAUUUAAAGUUUAAAAGUCAGUUCAAAGUCAUUCAGUAUAUAAUAAAUCUGAUAUUUCAUAUUAGUUAAGGAGUGUGAAAUACUUAGGUAGUUGUAUUGGCACAAUAGGUCGUGAUCUUGGGGAAAAAAGGUUCCCUUAUAACUUAUAUCAAUAUAAAUUUCAAAUCAAUCAAGAUAGAAGCAUGAAAAAUAUAACUAUAAAAUUAUAUCAUACCAGGGAGUUUUUUAAUACAUAAAAGAAAACAAUUGUAAAUUCAACUACAUAAUAAAACACAUUAUUCACAGGAAAACAUAGGCAAAGGAAAAAGACAAAUGACAAGAGAAGGAAUACACUUUAAUUUCUAUCAUGAAAACAACAUAAUUUCUUAAACCAUAAGGAUACGUUAUAAAUGAAAGGAAAAACAAUCUCAUUUAAAAAUGGGCAAAUGUGGGUGGCUCAGUCGGUAAGGCGCCGGCCCCAUAUGCCGAUGGUGGCGGGUUCAAACCCGGCCCCAGCCAAACUGCAACCAAAAAAUAGCCGGGCGUUGUGGCGGGCGCCUGUAGUCCCAGCUACUCAGGAGGCUGAGGCAAGAGAAUCGCCUAAGCCCAGGAGUUGGAGGUUGCUGUGAGCUGUGUGAUGCCACGGCA